AUGUCUACUACUAAGGUUAUCCUAUUACUCGUAGCCAUCAUUAUGAUGAUGUCCAUAGUUGUUCAUUGUGAAGAACAAGUUAGUGAUGCCUUCCUGACAGCACCAACUACGACUGGACACGACCUGCCACCUAGUCAAACACCUCGUCUAUGUACUUUCGAUCCAACUGAUCCAAACUACAUUCUCAAGAUUCAAGCAUGUAUCAAUCUGAACAUAUUGAAUAUCCUAAAGGCUGAUGUCAAGGCACAAGCGAUUGUUGGA